AUGGACGCAUUCAUACAAGCAUGCGUUCUGCUUGCAUUAUGUCUCGGCUGGGUUCAUAUAACUGCUUACAACAUACGGAACCACCCAUGUUGCUUGGAGCCCAACCAGAACCUCACCCUGGCUAUGAUCAUCGACGCGUUUGAGAUCUACGGUCACGACCCCACGGAUAAACUGGACAACUUGUGGUUGUAUCAAAACGAAAUGCUGCGUAUAAAGACUGCCGAAGACCAGUAUCUAAUCAACGAACGAGUUCACAUUGCCACCGACCAUUUGGGACGAUUUAUAAAACUUCAUAUCCAGGAAUUAAAGGUUCUUCUCAUCACCUUGGACGACGUAAUCGAUAACAUGCUGACGAUGUACGAGAACCACAACUCUAUAGCUGCUGAGAGGAAGGCCACGUACACUGGGCCAGUUCCCAUGGAAUUCUACAUGAGCCAAGAAUACUACUGCGGGAAGAACGUCUACAUCUUUCUAUCAGAGUUGUACAGCGACAUCUAUCACAUGGGCCGCGGGGUCGCCCCGUACUGCAAGGAACGGUCCUUCGUCUUCCUCGGCUUCCUUCAUUACCACGACGAAAAGAAGUACUACCUCCUUGACGACCCCAGCAUCUCUUUCCCGACGGAUAACUUCCUUCAUGGACUGGAGUGCCAUUUAGGAGUUUGUAUAUUCAGGUUUCCAUUCAAGAAGCUUCUCCAGCAAGAAAGGGACGUCACAACCUUGCCCAAAGCCAUCGUCAAAUGUGGCUUGGUCAUGUACAAGCUGCCUCCUCUCACGGCCGCCUCCUGCAUCGUCACUUCCGGAUCUUUCAUCCUGGACUUUAACAUCCAGGGUCUUCGGUAUAGACACCACGACUAUCUUUUGACGAUACCAAACGGACAAACCUACUAUACGAAAGAAAAACAUACGCCUUUGGUAUGCGACCACCAUGUUUGUGAGUGGAAUUACACCAACCAUUAUGGAGGACCCUUCUUAAUUCCCGGAGAUCCGGGCACGGGAAUAGACCCGGUGCCGCCGUACGUGGAGCCCACACCCAAGCCGGAUGAAGAUGAUGACAACAUCACCACACCUUACUUGCUGAACGGUUGUUUCUUCGUAUACCCACCCAACUACGGGUCCAUCGCGGGCAAGAGUUACCUGGACACCGUGGACUUGCACGACGACCGGUGGACGUGCAACAACGCAGGCCCGGGUCUGUACUGGUAUCCUCAAUGGAUGGGCCUGCCUUCUCAGGCGAAAGAUGGGAAAAAAGAUGAUUAUGGACCGCCUUUCUACCCACACCAGAAGCGUUACGACGAACCGCCAGAAGACUAG